GACGCACUACACCAUGUUGCCCAUUUCAGUUGUCAGUUUCCUCAUCUGAUCUGAUUGUGCACGCAUUCCAAGGUGACGUUAGUUGGCUGUCUGUUGAUAGUUUUGAAGCCAUCGCUACGGUGACGCCAUUCUGAAGCGACUCGGAACAACGGAAAUGGGAGUGCGGCGAGAGCUUGCAGUGACUGUGAUUUCAGCGCACAACUUGAAGAAUGCCAAGCAUGGGUUCGGGAGAAUGAAUCCAUACGCUGUUGUUUGGAUCGAUUCCAACUCUAAGGCGGCGACCCAUGUGGCGGAGAAAGGUGGGAGGAACCCAUCGUGGAACUGUACGAUUCGGAUGCUCUGUAGGGAAAAUUUGUUUGGGACGUUGGCGAAGGCGAAGCUGGUGGUGGAAAUCUUCGACCACGACCGGAAGAAAAGUGUGGGGUAUGCGCAUGUGCUGCUCUCCGAGCUGAAGUCGGGCAUGGUUUGGGGGUGUAGUCCUGGAUGUUUAAGUGAGCCCAAGCGCAUGUCGUUGGAGGUGAGAGUCUUGCGAAAGUUGCAAAACUUCGACGACAAGGUCAUUGGGAGUGUGGACAUUGAAGUGAGAUUGGGAAGGAGUGUAGAUGGCGAUCAUUCAGAUAGUAUACACGAGGAGGUGCCUUACAACGGCAUCCAAAUGAAGCCACACGAUUUGGAGAUGAAUAACCAGAUGACUCAAAACUUAACCUUCAAUGAGAGCCUUCCGGAGCCCAUUCCACCAGUGCAAAAAACGGGUGAGCUAGCGCCGCUGUACUACCAGUAUCGCUAUGUGGAGAAACCAAAGCCGGUCUGGAGAUGCCUUGGGGACCCUAAACGUCCGGGAACCUUGUUGGUUGCGGCCUUGACUAUAUGUUAACCAAUGUGAACAUGGAGCAUAGAGCUCAAGAAAUUGGUAAGAGGCCCUCGUUUGACCUAGCGUGGUCAAGUAAGGAGACAUUUCGGAAGGCUCGACGCUUAAAUUGAGAUAUCCUCUGCAACAGAAAAUAUUAUAGCACUUGAAAACAUGCAGAAAUGGUUUGUUCGAUAUUUUCGAGCUCAGUCUACACUCAAAGUUAUUUCUGUACAAGGAAAAUAGGUUCGGUCAUGAAUUUUUGAUAGAUCUCUAUUAGUCCAAAAAUCCCAUCCCGUGGUUGACGCUAACCGUCUCCAGGGGUUCGCAGCAUCAAUCUCGCUGCACAGGAAUUUUUGUGCUAUUCAGUCUUUAGCCGAAAGUAUUCCACUGAUAACCUCGUACCUAGUCUUAGUCUACAGUGCUCAGCACGCAGCACCUUGUUUUGGACACAUCUCCAACUCAGAAUGGUGUCUUAAAGAUUCGUUUCCUCCACAGGAGUCUCCUUAAGAAAACUCAGAUUCUAGCGAUUCAUUUGAUAAGCCUAAAACUCGAAAUUGGGUUCAAGCUUGCAGAAUGGUUGUAGCUCAUUAUGUACGGUUUGGGAAUCGUACGAUACACAGUACAACAUCAAUGUUGCACCGCACGAGUAUUGUAAUGACCGAUGCGAUGCUUCGAUAAAAACAAACUAAAAUAGAAUAUAAGCGCUGCAGUAAGGAACUAGGGGUGCCACAUGAGAAGUUCAUGUACCAAAAGUUUCGUAAUUGACAGUUUGUGUACAUCUCAACCAAAAGUACCAUUCAUUGACA